CAGAUUUUCUGUUCGUUCAGUAGAUGCCGCCGCUUUGUGGAGGUCAGAUUGUCAACAGUAUAACCUCAGUCCUCCUUUCGAGUCACGUGUAAUAAUUUCGUUGACAAACGAAAUAACAUUAGUUAAAAACUUGAUAAGUGACAAUCCUAAUAAUUAAAAAUCAUUCUCGCGUGAAGUGAAAUAGAAUUGCUUCACUAAUGUACGUGAAUUACUAUAUUUAAAGUAAUGAGAUAAACAAACACAACAUUGUUAAAAAAUGAGUGAUUCGGAGCAAGAGAACGGACCUAAAAAGACAGGGCCAGUGGACAACGCUUGGUCGUUAAAGAUUCCCGAAUUUAAACCAGAACACAAUCCCAAUCGUCUUCUGGAAGAAAGUUCAUUCGCGACGUUGUUCCCCAAAUACAGGGAACAUUACCUAAACGAACAUUGGCCCUUGGUGCAGAAAGCCUUGGAGGAGCAUGCGAUUAAAGCUGAAUUGGACCUGGUCGAAGGCAGCAUGACCGUGAAAACUACAAGAAAAACGUGGGACCCAUACAUUAUAAUCAAAGCUCGGGAUAUGAUCAAGCUUUUGUGUAGAUCCGUUCCAUUUGAGCAAGCAGUUCGAGUCCUCCAGGACGACAUUGGUGCGGAUAUUAUAAAGAUAUCUUCGUUCGUAGGCAAUCGGGAGAAGUUCGUGAAAAGAAGACAGAGACUGAUCGGUCCGAAAGGAUGCACGUUGAAGUCCAUAGAAUUACUGACAAACUGUUACGUUCUUGUACAAGGACAGACAGUGUCCGCGUUGGGUCCUUACAAGGGUCUUCAGCAAGUAAGGCGCAUCGUGGAAGAUACUAUGAAGAACAUUCAUCCGAUUUAUAACAUUAAGGCAUUGAUGAUCAAAAGGGAAUUAGCGAAAGAUCCGAAAUUGAAGAACGAGAAUUGGGAGAGGUUCCUUCCUAAGUUCAACAGUAAGAACAUCAGCAAAAGGAAGCAGCCUAAGAAUAAGAAAGAGAAGAAGCCGUAUACUCCGUUCCCGCCGCCGCAACAGGAAAGCAAGAUUGAUAAGAUGAUAGCUUCGGGUGAGUAUUUCUUGAAGGAGGAGCAGAGGAGAGCCAAGAAGAAGAAGGAACAGGAGGCCAGGCACCAGGAGGCUGAGAAGAAGAGGCAAGAACGCAGAGCACAGGCGUUCGUCCCUCCCGAAGAGAAGCCAGAGGAGAAGAAGGGGCAGAGGAAUGAUAUAAACUUAGAGGAGUUUAAGAUGAAAGUGAAGAAAGGACUGAAGAAACGUGGUGCAAAAUCAUAGUACUUGCACGCAAGGUAUUUGUUAAUAAAUCUCGAUUCGCUGACUUCUGAAUUA